UCCGAGCCAGUUCGGGCAGCUGGUGGCGGAGGAGACAGCGGGGCUCCUUGGAAGAAGGGCAGCGCGGCAAACUCACAAUAACCUGACUCCUGAAGGAGGGAUGACGUGUAAUGGACCAAAUAGCUUUGAAACUGGUGGCACUCGCGAUACUGACCCUGACCGAGAGCUGGCAAAAGAGUGCUCACGACUGCAAACGUUUACCACAUUUCCAAGUCAUUGCCCUGUUUCUGCCUUAACUCUUGCCCGAGCUGGCUUCUUCUACACCGGAGAAGGGGACAAAGUCAGGUGCUUCAGUUGUCACGCAACCGUAGAAGGAUGGCAGCAAGGUGACUCGGCAUCAGGAAGGCACAAAACUGUUUCUCCUAACUGUGCGUUUAUUAGCGGCAUGGACUGUUGGAGGAACGGUGCGCAUUCUGCUCUUCCAAACUCUCACCAGCUAUCCGAAGGCUGCCUUGCAAACGCCACUUGGCAACAAUCUUCUGACCCCUCCUCUGACCUCUAUGCAGAUUAUCUGUUGAGAAGCGGGCAGGUGGUGGAUCUUUCGGACAGCCUUUAUCCCAGGACUCCUGCCAUGUGUAGUGAAGAGGCCAGGCUGAGGUCUUUCCGUAACUGGCCUACCUAUGCUCCUGUCACGCCGGCAGACUUAGCCAAUGCAGGGUUAUAUUACACCGGCAUCGCAGAUCAAGUGGAGUGCUUCUGUUGUGGAGGCAAACUGAAAAACUGGGAACCUUCUGACCAGGCUUGGUCAGAACAUAGACGUCAUUUCCCUAGGUGUUUGUUUGUCCUCGGUCGUGAUGUUGGGAAUAUUGAAAAUCAGUCUAGCAAUGCAGAACUGGAUAGAAGUGAAGUACAUAAUGCCAGUCUCCCAAAAAACCCAUCUAUGGCAGGUUACGAAGCACGACUCAAGUCCUUUCUAAUGUGGAGAUAUUUGGUUAGCAAGGAGCAGCUUGCUCAAGCCGGGUUUUACAGCAUAGGUGAUGGUGAUAAUGUUCUUUGCUUUUACUGUGGCGGUGGACUACGAGAGUGGAGGGCGAAUGAUGAUCCUUGGGAGCAACAUGCCCAGUGGUUUCCUGGAACUAAACAUUUGUCUGAACAGCAAUCAGUUACCUCAAUCUACAAUAUUCAGUUGACUCAUUCACUUCAGGAUUCUACAGUAAGUACGUCACAGCUUAGAGGGAGCAUUACUCACAGGGUAGAUGAAGAACUUUCACAGAGCCAUAUUGUCCAGGAUGUGAUGCAGAUGGGUUUCAGCCUGGAUGAAAUAAGGAAGGCUAUGGAAAGGAAACGCCACCUGUCUACUGAACACCACAGAUCCAUUGAGGCUCUGGUUGCAGAUUUAAUAAAUGCACAGCGUGAAAAUAUAUGCAGUCCAUCUUGCGAGAGCACUCUACAGAGAGGCCUCAGUACUGAAGAGCAGCUAAGACGCUUGCAAGAGGAGAAGCUGUGCAAAAUCUGUAUGGAUAAAACCAUCUCUGUGGUCCUUAUUCCUUGUGGGCACCUCGUCACUUGUAAAGACUGUGCGGAAGCAGUUGAAAAAUGCCCUUUGUGUUGCACAGUUAUUGCAAAAAGGCAGAAGAUCUAUAUGUCCUGAUCAGGAGCAUUGUACCAUGCUAGUGCAAAUCAGCACAUCCAUUACGAUCAACAGACUAUUGCUAGCUGACCAUAGGAGCAGCAUUAAUAUACAAAACUGGAUUUCAAGAGGGUGUUUGUUUGGGAGUAACAGAAAUUCUUCUGCUUUAACGUAGAGUGCUGAACAACUGUGCAAAUCUGGUGGCUGCUAAAUUGGGUGCUCUUCGUUCUAGUACUGGCUUGAGGCUGAGAUAAUCAUUGUUGACAUGAGUGUGUAAACAGGCAUCAGAAACCUGUCCUAGCGUAAGUGCUGGGGGGCUGACUUGGCACUUUUCUGAGAGGAGCAGCCUGUACCAAUCACCUUCUCUCCCCCACCGCCGCCUGCCUUGCAGCAUGCCUCAGGGAAAGGUAUUCAGAGGCCAAAUGGCCAAAGAAGUGUUAAGUCUUUGGUUAGGCUAGACUAUGUCAGACUGAAGUUUGAGCUUGGAUGACUGAAUGCUGCUCUGUUUUGUUUUUAAUUCAUGUCAGAGGGCUCUUUUGAAGGGGGGGGAUUCUGUACUUUGAAACCCCUCCUGCCAUCCAUACCAGUAUGCUUUAGACAGUUUUACCACCUUGAGUUCCAGGCCAAAGUGGUCAAAAUCUUCUUCUCACAAUUUGGGACGGUUAGUGGUUUUUAAGAACGAUUCAGACUGAGCAGGCCUGAAGUUGCAUAUUUGGCUCUGUUAUCUUUUACACGCGUUUUCCUCUCUGUGUUGUGGCCCUGGAAAUCAGGUUUCCCGUUCACCUUUUUUAUUAUAAUGGAAAUAGAAAGGCUGUAAUAUCUCCCAUCCCUAAGCUUUUGUGGUAUGAGUAAACAGAGGCUGAUGGCUAAUCUGCAUCAAAGAGGAAGGGGCCAUGAGCUCAGAGCAAUGGCGGAAGCAGCUUUCUCCUGGCUCCCUCAAGCAAGAAGGCAGCACUGAAGGUUGGGGUGUGUGUGUGUCUGCUUGGUUGAAAAAGCCACACAACCAGCUACCGAGGAGAGGGUUUCACAAGAGACUCCAAGGGCAGCAGAGGCAAAGAGGGUGAGCUCCCUCAGUUUUCUAUCUCCACUGUAGGGGCCCCCCCAAUCUAUAUUGCAUGACUUUUCAGCUACAUGAUCCCCCAACUCUCAGAUGCUGGAAGGUGGGCAAGAUCUACCCGCUCUUGCCACUGGCACUUUCAUAUGCUCAAGCCCACUAGCAUAGGGGAAUCUUCAGAAGUGUUAUUGUGGACUGUAGUAAAUAUGUGUGAGCCUUAGUUAUUUAGAACCAUAAACUAAGUGGAAAACCGAAUGACUAAGGGGAUCCUCGCAAAUGCACACUGCUUAAUACAAAGGCCAAGGGGUCUCCCCCCCCCCACUACUUAGUACAAGUGUGUAUUGGUUCAGAAUUUGAUCGUCUAAUUGCCCUGCAUACACACUUGUCCAGUUCUACUCAGUAAAUCUAGAUGGAUAAACUGCCUAAAAUAUAAGCAAGCAAAUCUUAUUUAUUUAUUGGGAUUUUUACCCCGCCCUCCCCGUGAA